UGAAAGAGGGAUGAGCGGAUCUUACACUUCCGUAAGAAGCGUCAAUGAAAAUGAUGGAGACGAACUCUUCUCGAAAGCUGAGAAGAAGGCUAAGAGUGCCAAAGCUUCCGGGUUUCGAAGCAUUCUUGGGCUGGGAGGCAACGCAGCUAAGGUGGAAGAAGCAGCUGAACUAUUUGUGAAGGCAGGAAACACGUUUAAACUAGCCAAAGCUUGGCAGAAAGCAGGUGAUGCAUACAUGCGUGCUGCAGAAAACUAUGCCCAGCUUCCGGACUUAAGCUUCGAGGCAGCAUCGAAGUUUGCGGACGCAGCUCGUUGUUUGAAAAAUGUAAAUUCCGAAGACGCUAUCGUUGCUAUGCAGAGGGCUAUGGAAAUGUACACGAAAGAAGCACGCUUCCAACAGGGCGCUAAAACUUGUCGUGAAAUUGCGGAACUAUAUGAGACCAUGGGUGAGACAAGUAAAGCAGCUGAGUCAUAUGAGCAAGCAGCUGAUCUGUAUGACGGUGAAGAUGCCAAGAGCCAUGCAAAUCAAUGUCACACAAAAGUUGCGGAGUUUGCUGCACUUGCUGGAGACUUUAACCGUGCUAUUGAUUUGUUUGAAAAGGUUGCCACCGUAUCUCUUGAAAACAAGUUGCUUCGGUAUGGUGCCAAAGAGUACCUGCUUCGAGCUGGGCUUUGUAGAGUUUGCCUUGGAGAUGAAGUUGGAGCUUCACGUGCGUUAGAAAAGUACAAGUCUUUGGAUUCCAGUUUCAACGACAGUCGUGAAGCUAAGCUGCUCGAAAGAGUAAUCUUAGCAGUUCAAGAAAAUGACGAAGAAGCAUUCACAGAUGCCGUUGCAGAGUAUGAUUCUUUAUCGAAGCUUGAUGCCUGGAAGACUUCGAUCUUAUUGAAAAUUAAGAAGAACCUAAAGGCUCAGGAUGAAGAUUUGACGUAACUUUCAUUACAGGGAGUCAUAUGAAACGGUUUCAAAAUAUCUUAAUUUUUCAUGUAUUGUAUCUUUUUUGUUAAAGGUUUUUUUUACUUUUCGACUAGAUAAAGUGCCUUUCAUGUAU